UCUGUUCAGAGUCUGGCUUUUGUUGAGCGGCAAACUUCCUGUCAGAAAUGGGUAAAGACGAACAGAUCAUAUCUUUCUCUCUUCACUCCAUGCUCUGCUCAGCAUGGCCUCAGUCCAGCGCCACACCUCCUGCAUCUGUGGGCAGAACCAGGAAGUCACUUCCACAUUCUCUGUCACGCGGUUUCAGAGAAACAGAACUGAACUCUGUCUCUGUCAGCAUGAGCGGUAAAAUAGCAGAGACCAGCCUCAGUGUGGGUCUGCUCAAAACCAGGAAAUAUCUCCUGCUCUUUCUCAAACAGAUUCAGAGAAAACUACAUAACAUUCUGAACUGAAACUAAUCUCUGUCAAUUUGAGCAGUAAAAUGGCACAGGCUGCAGGCCUUCUGGAUCAGGACCAGUUCAGUUGCUCGAUCUGUCUGGAUGUAUUCAAGGUUCCAGCGACUAUUCCCUGUGGACAUAGUUACUGUAUGGGCUGUAUUAAGGGCUACUGGGAUCAGGAUGAUCAUACUGGUGUCUACAGCUGUCCCCAGUGCAGAGAGACCUUCACCCCGAGGCCUGUCCUGAAGAAAAACACUUUACUGGAUGAAGUGGUGGAACAACUGAAGAAGUCAGGACUCCAAGCUGCUCCUCCUGCUCACUGUUACGCUGGACCUGGAGACGUGGAGUGUGAUGUCUGCACUGGGAGAAAGCUCAAAGCCGUCAAGUCCUGUUUGGUGUGUCUGGCCUCUUACUGCGAAACUCAUCUCCAGCCUCACUAUGAAUCUCCUGCUUUUAAGAAGCAUAAUCUGGUUAAAGCCACUGGAAACCUUCAGGAGAAGAUCUGCUUUUGUCAUGACAAAGUGCUUGAGAUUUACUGUCGCACCGAUCAGCAGUUUAUUUGUUAUCUCUGUACAAUUGAAGAUCACAGAGGCCAUGAUACAGUUUCAGUUGCAAUAGAAAGGUCUGAGAAACAGAAGCAGCUGGGGGUGACACAGAGUAAAUUCCAGCAAAGAAUCCAGGAGAGAGAGAAGGAGCUGCAGGAUCUGAGACAGGCUGUGCAGUCACUCAAGCGCUCUGCACAGGCAGCAGUGGAGGACAGUGAGAGGAUCUUUACUGAGCUGAUCCGCUCCAUUGAGAUAAGAUGCUCUGAGGUGAAAGAGCUGAUCAGAGAUCAGGAGAAGGCUGCAGUGAGUCGGGCUGAAGGACUCCUGGAGCGACUGGAGCAGGAGAUUCCUGAGCUGAAGAGGAGAGAUGCUGAGCUGGAGCAGCUUUUACACACCGAGGAUCACAUCCACUUCCUCCAGAGAUCUAAGCCUCUCUGUGUCCCUCCUGGACUUGGAAACCUACCCAUCAGAACAAGCAACCCACAUUUCUCCUUUGAGACUGUAAGGAAAUGUGUCUCUGAGCUGAAAGACCAACUGGAGGAUGUCUGCAGAAGGGAAAUAUCUAAGAUCUCUAAGGCAGGCAGAGCAGUGGGAAUUUAUGGCUGCUUUACUGAGACCAGGGAGCCUUCAGAAGCCAGUGCCUCAGCAGCUGAAGUGGAGACCUGUCCCCUCUGCAUGGAGCCCUUGCAGAAGAAGCAGAGGCUGAUAUGUACUCAUGCCUUCUGCGCAGCCUGCUUGAAAAAAUCUGUAGAAAGCCUUGGUCUUCAGUGUCCAGUGUGUCUAAAAGCACUCAGUGCUGGGAGACCAGCCAGAGGGACAGAUGACAUGGGGACAUAGGCAUAAGCCGCGUUUCCACCGCAGGAACUAUACCCCGGAACUAGGAACCUUUUGAGGAACUCAGUGCGUUUCCACCGCAGGAACUAGGGUCUAAAUUUAGUUCUGGGGGCUUUGUUUUACCCCCCAAAA